GCCGUGGCGGCAGCAGCUUCCGCUGCUGCUGGCCCGCCGUUUUGAUUGACGGCGGCCGCGGGAGCUGCGGAGAGCGGUGAUGAUGAACUGGGGCCGACCGCGCCGUCUCGGCGGCGAGCUGCGGCCAGCGACGACGAAGCAAAACGACGUCGUGGAGGACUCGUGGGCCGACGGUGGGAAACGGAAGAAGGAAACGCGGCACAACCUGAAACUGCUGGCGCUCCGCGCGGAGCGUCAAAAGUUCAUGCGAAUGCCGGUGUCUCUCUUCUUCGAGACUCGCGGGUCCUUCGUCAGGAAGCCAGCUGCGUUGCCGUCUGGGUCUCGGAGGGUGAAGGUGGGGGCCGGGCGCAGGGUCCUGGCAAUGGUGUCCCGAUGGGCCACGCAUGGACGAUACAUCCUCGAUUGCUACGUUCGGCGCGGGAGCCAAUCGAAGCUCCCCGCCUGCACCCAAAGCAAGGAGUGAGUCGGGGGGCUGGGGAAGGGCGACCUGGUCGGCCAGUGCAGC